AGAGCGCACUUAAAUAAAAUGAGUGACACUAAUGCCAAGUAUUUGUAUCUGCUCAACAGAAAUCAACACUCCAAUUCACAGUUCACACUCUCUCUUUUCGCAUUCUUCUUUGUUUUUUAUCUUGUUGUAAAAAUUUACAUGCAAACUCAGAAAAAGAAAACAAAUCAAAAGAAAAUAAGAUAGGAGUGUUGUCGUUGUUGUUGUGAAUCAAUGACGAAAUCCAAAUCUUGUUUAUCUCUAGCUUUACUUCAAACUCAAACUCAAACUCAAAAUGAAACCCAAGAAGCGGUUCCUUUACAAAUUCAUUUUCCGUUGAGAAGAUCUCCCAGGCUUUUUACCAUUCCUCAAAUGCGCAAUGUACCUUUCCCAAACCCUAAUUCUCACCUCUAUUUCCCUCACCAACCACGCUCUUCUUCUUCUUCUCUUUCUCCUAAGCCCUUAUUAAUCAAACAAGCUAAUUCUCAUCGAAACGUUUCGGACAGUCCCACUAGAAGAACCUCUCCUCGAAACGUUUCGGCUCCCAAGAGUCACAGUCAACGUCAAAGCUUCACUUCCAGAGAAGAUAAUGGAUUGAAAACAUCUCCUAGACUGUCCUCAGCUGCUAAUAGAAGUGAAAACAGCUGCUCAAAAGCUACAUUGUCAGUGAGUAGUAAUUCCUCAAGAAAUCACGGUUUUAAACAAAGGGCAUCUGUCGAAUUGAAAGCGAAAUCGUUAAUUUCAUGGCAUGCUGAUGAUAGUAAUACAAAUACAAUGCCUUUGCUUGAAGCUUCUCCCGAUAUGUAUUUGAUAAAAUGUGAUGCAGCUGGAGAAAUUGAAUCAAGAAGAAGCUCAGGGAACUUGUUUUGUGUCGAUGAGACUUUGAGCUUGAAAGCCAAGUUUGAUUGCUGUGGACUGUGUGAUUCUUUGGAUGAAGGAAAACCCUGUAAGAGGGUUAAGACCAUUUCUGAUAAUGUUGAUAUGGGAGUGAAUGACGACGACUUGAGGCUGUUUACCUCAACAAACAAUUCUUCUGUUUGUGUAGAGAAUGGUGAAACAGGGUGUAGUUUGAUUAAGUUACCUGAAACAGUGAAGAAGCAUUCUCCUAACUCUAAGAAUAAAAAGUCAGGUAAACAUGUUAAGAACCAACGAGUCUGUAGCCUAAUUGGAGAUCCUGUUCCCAGUGAAGAAGCACAAGAGAAGUGGCAGUGGCGUUAUGAAAUGAAGAGUCAAAGAUCCAAAUCUCGAAGGCUCGUUUUAAAUGAUGAUGAUGAUGAAGAUAAGAUUGUUUGGAAUGUGGAAUGUCAUUACACUCAAGCUGAAAUUGAUGGGUCUGUUUUUAGUCUUGGAGAUUGUGCAAGUGUGGAGGGUGAUGGAGGGCUAAUGCAUGUUGGCAGAAUUAUUGAGUUUUUCAAAACAACAGAUGGAGAAGAUUAUUUCAGGGUCCAAUGGUUUUACAGAGCUGAAGAUACAGUUAUAAAACAAGAGGCUAGUUUUCAUGACAAGAAGCGAUUAUUUUAUUCAAAAGUAAUGAAUGAUAAUCCAAUAAAUUGCAUUAUUUCAAAAGUCGAUGUUGUACAGGUAUCAUCUAUGAAAGGUUCAAAGGCUUCUGUUCGUUCAUCUGAUUUCUAUUUUGACAUGGAGUACGAUGUGGAUUAUUCCUCAUUUCAGACAUUGCUGAUUGAUGAUUCUAUCAAGCGGCAUGACUCAGUAUCACCAAAUAGGAUUAAGACGGUUGCCAGAACAGCUAGUGAUUCGUCAUUGGAAAAUAUGCCCAUUUGUGAAAGUUACAAAGCAGAGCUGGCUCUAUUAGAUCUAUUUUCUGGUUGCGGUGGAAUGUCAACAGGGUUGUGCCUUGGUGCCAAACUUUCUUGUGUUGAUCUUGUAACGAGAUGGGCCCUUGAUAGUAAUAAGUUUGCAUGUGAAAGCCUGAAGUUAAAUCAUCCAGAAACAAAUAUCAGAAAUGAGGCUGCUGAAGAUUUUCUUGAACUAUUGAAACAAUGGGAAAAGCUUUGCAAAAAGUAUGCACUCAAAGACGUAGAAAGGAUGCAUCAGUCAAGAUCAAAUACCUCAAGUUCAGUCAAAGAACCUGAUUCUCUCGACGAUGUUAACACUACACCAGGUGAAUACGAAGUCUCGAGACUAGUUGACAUAUGUUAUGGCGAUCCUAAUGAUACAGGAAAGCGUGGACUGCAUUUUAAGGUGCAUUGGAAGGGUUAUAGCACAAGCGAAGAUACCUGGGAACCAAUUGCAGGCUUAAGUGAUUGUCAAGAAUGCAUACGGGAUUUUGUAAGAAACGGGUUCAAGUCCAAGAUCUUGCCACUUCCUGGUGAUGCUGAUGUGAUUUGUGGUGGACCUCCAUGCCAAGGAAUUAGUGGCUAUAAUCGCUUCAGAAAUGUCAAUUCUCCACUUUCUGAUGAAAGAAAUCGUCAGAUUGUUGUCUUUAUGGACAUAGUGCAGUUCUUGAAACCUAAAUUUGUGCUGAUGGAAAAUGUUGUUGACAUUCUUAAAUUUGAUAAAGCUUCUUUUGCAAGAUAUGCGUUGAGUCGUUUGGUACAUAUGAAGUACCAAGCAAGGCUUGGAACCAUUGCAGCUGGCUGUUAUGGCCUUCCACAGUUUCGGCUGCGUGUUUUCUUGUGGGGAGCUCAUCCCAGUGAGAAAUUGCCCCAGUUUCCACUUCCUACACAUGAUGUUAUUGUCAGAUAUUGGCCUCCGUCUGAGUUUGAGCGGAAUACUGUUGCCUACGACGAAGGCCAACCUCGUGAAUUAGAAAAGGCUCUAGUUCUUGAAGAUGCCAUUUCUGAUCUUCCACCUGUUACAACCCAUGAGACCCGUGAGGAAAUGGCAUAUGAAAAGCCUCCAGAAAGUGACUUUCAAAGGCUUAUACGAUCCACAGAAUAUGAUACGACCGCUUCUUCAUCAAGAGGCAGCACAAAAGUGAACAAUCUGCUUUAUGAUCAUCGUCCAUACACAUUGACUGAAGAUGAUUGUGCUCGAGUUGGCUUAAUUCCUAAAAGAAAGGGGGCCAACUUCAGGGACCUCCCUGGCGUAGUUGUAGGACACGAUAAUGUUGUCCGGCGGGAUCCAACAAAGAAGAAAGAACUGUUACCAUCUGGAAAGCCACUGGUACCAGAUUUUGCUUUCACGUUUGAGCAAGGAAAAUCCAAAAGGCCAUAUGCAAGGUUAUGGUGGGAUGAGACAGUGCCAACUUUAGUGACUUACCCAAGUAUUCACAGCCAGGCAAUGCUACACCCGGAGCAGGACAGAGUCCUCACCAUACGAGAAUGUGCAAGGCUUCAAGGUUUUCCUGAUUACUACAGGUUCUGUGGGACGGUUAAAGAAAGGUAUCGUCAAGUUGGGAAUGCAGUUGCUGUUCCCGUAGGUCGAGGUUUAGGAUAUGCACUAGGGAUGGCAUUCCAAAAGCUCUGUGGGGAUGGACCACUGAUGACCCUCCCACCUAAGUUCUCACAUUCAACUAAUCUCCAAUUAGCUACAUCCUUGCUUCAGAAGACCGAUUAGAAUUGUUUCAUUCAGCCUACAAUUCAUCUCAUUAUUUGCAGCGAGGACAUAAAGCGUUCAUGUACAUUGUACACUAGCUCUUCUGUUCAUGAUAGCCGAGCCUGCUUUCUGUUCAGAGCAAUGUAACCAAGAAGAUGUGUACAAUUUUUUUAAGUUUGUAUGUUUGCGGUCAUUAAAGCAAAGUUGUAACAUUCUUUCGGGUGACUUCAUUGUCAAAAAUAUUUCCGGGGGAAAGUAUAAAUGUCACAGGAAAGUUGAUUGAAUAAUUGUUUCCAGCAAGUUUGUAGAGGUGCAAAGGUUGAUGUAUAAGUGAAGGGCGAAAUAAGGUGAUAAUCAAUCAAUGACAGUUACUCGCCUCUUUAAAAGUCUAUAACUUCUUACAGUAAUAGAUCUUCAUUGAUUUGAUGUUUCUCAA